AUGGCUGAGUCGUUCCGACACUAUGCCACAGGGUUCUCCCCCAUCAUCCCCUGCACUUUCAAGCUCUCAUCAGUCCAUACGCCCGAGAAGACCCAGUCUGGAGCCCGAGGGCGAGAUCCUUUCUACCCGCGGUCAACGUCUAGCCAGUCUCAUUCGCAGGCGUUCUUUCACCCAGAGCCUGAACCCUGGGAGGAUAGCUUUCGGCAUGAUGAGCUGCCACCAUGGGAACGGGCAAAGAAGUUAAUUGGGGAUGUCAAGUCCGUCUAUAAUUGGCAAUUGUACUAUAGAAACCCCGACUCGUUGAAAGGAAUGGGGAAAAAGCUACGUGAAUACUAUGAGCGGAACAAUGAUCUCAUCGCACAAUACGUAUACAUUGACCGGCUACUUGACUCAUCAUUGCCGCAUCGCCUCAUCGGCGAUUAUCACCAAGGUCACGAUGUCAUACCGGAGAUCAAUUCCGAGAAUUCUGGAAACGGCCACGUACCUGACAACAGCCUGUUUGCUGCUGCCGAAGGCAACGGAGAGCCACAACAAAAGCAAGACCGAAUCAAACGGACGCCGCGCAACCUCUAUCGGAUCCCAGAUGAGAGCACGCCACUUCUACCUCAGGACGGAAACGAAAGUGCCCCGUCCCUAUCAGAUGGCGGGCCGAAAGACGACGACUUCGUGGAUAGCGGAGCCCGCAUUGUCACCAUUGCCAUCUACGUGAACUUCAUCGCCAACGUGGUCUUGCUAGCAGCGAAGAUAGUCGUCAUGUCCAUGACAAACUCCCUGUCAGUUCUGGCCAGUUUGGUGGACGGCGCAUUGGACUUUCUGAGCACUGCCAUUGUCUGGGUGACGACGACCCUCAUUCAGAAGGAUGACCGCUAUCAGUACCCUAUCAGCAGGCGCCGAUUGGAGCCCCUGAGCGUGUUGGUCUUCGCCGUCGUGAUGAUGACCUCCUUUGUCCAGGUGGCUAUCACGUCCUUCACUCGGCUGAUGUCCAACGAUACAACCCUAGUCAACCUAACGAUCCCUUCGAUUGCGGUGAUGGCUAGCACCGUAGUAGUGAAACUUGCAUGCUGGUUCUGGUGUCGGCUAAUCAAAAACUCGAGUGUCCAGGCCCUGGCACAAGACGCUGAAACGGACGUCGUGUUCAACUUGUUCAGUAUUCUCUUCCCUCUGAUCGGCUCCUUCACCAAACUAUGGUGGGUCGAUCCGCUAGGCGGUCUCCUCCUUUCAGUAUACAUCAUCUGGAACUGGGGCGGCACUGCAGGCGAGCACAUCCGCCAUCUCACAGGAGCGGCUGCAUCUCCCAUCGACCAGAGCGUCCUACUUUACAUGACCAUGCGGUUCUCGAAAGCCAUCCUCAAGAUCCAGAACCUGAGGGCAUAUUAUGCCGGCGACCUCUUGAACGUCGAAGUAGACAUCAUCCUGGAAGGGAAGACCCGGCUGCGCGAUGCCCACGACAUCGGCGAGAGUCUGCAGUACAUGAUCGAGAGUGUGCCGACGGUCGACCGCGCCUUCGUGCACAUGGAUUAUGAUCCGUGGAACAUCCCCACCCACCUGAACCAGCAGGCUCAUUAG